CCUUGUACAUCAAGUUUGGAAGAAAUUUGCUUAGUGGGCCUAGAGAUGGAAAAUGUCCGUUUACCGCACUGCAACUUAUCACAUACAGCUAAAAUUCUCUGCCUCAUCAACAAUGGAUUUCUAAACUUCAUGAUUGGUAUGACUUAUGUCACCUUGGGCGUAUUGAAUGCAGUAAUUGCAGAUUCGAUAGGUAGCACUGACGGGUAUAUAACAUUCGUUGCUGGUAUAUCAAUAGCUAUCACCAACUUUUCUGCUGUUGCUAUUGGCUUGACAUGUUCAACAAAUGUAUCUGUCUUGGGGUUAAUAUUUGGCGACCAUCUUAGUAACGCAAUUGGAUUUGUCACCCUUUUACUUAUGAUUGGCACCGCAACCCCUCCAGCUACACAGAUAUUUGAAUAA